AUGAACUUCUAUGCCAAUACUUGUCCUAACGCCGAAAAGAUUGUUCAAGAUUUUGUUUCAAAUCACAUUUCUAAUGCUCCUUCUCUUGCUGCUGCUCUCUUGAGAAUGCAUUUCCAUGACUGUUUUGUCCGCGGUUGUGAUGGAUCAGUGCUUAUAAACUCGACGUCGGGAAACGCAGAGAGGGACUCAACUCCUAACCUAACGCUUCGAGGGUUUGGUUUCAUCGACGCAAUUAAAGCUGUGCUUGAAGCUCAAUGUCCAGGAAUCGUUUCUUGCGCUGAUAUUAUCGCUCUAGCAUCUCGAGACGCCAUUGUUUUCACCGGAGGACCAAAUUGGAGUGUACCUACUGGAAGAAGAGACGGGAGGAUAUCGAACGCAUCAGAGGCACUAGCUAACAUUCCACCACCGACCAGUAACUUCACCAACCUUCAGACACUUUUUGCAAACCAAGGACUUAAUGUUAAGGACCUUGUCUUACUCUCCGGAGCUCACACAAUUGGUGUAUCUCACUGCUCGUCUUUCACAAACCGUCUCUACAAUUUCACUGGUCGUGGAGGACAAGACCCGGCCUUAGACAGCGAAUACGCAACCAUUCUCAAGUCUAGAAAAUGCCCUAGCCUCAACGACAACACGACCAUCGUGGAGAUGGAUCCAGGGAGUCGUAAAACGUUUGAUCUUAGCUAUUACCAGCUCGUUCUCAAGCGUAGAGGUCUGUUUCAAUCAGACUCUGCUCUAACCACUAACCCAACGUCGCUCUCAAACAUAAACCAGAUCUUGAAAGGUUCGUUGGGGAAUUUCUUCUCUGAGUUUGCCAAGUCGAUGGAGAAAAUGGGUCGGAUCAAUGUCAAGACUGGAUCAGCAGGAGUGGUUAGGAGGCAAUGUUCAGUUGCAAAUAGUUGA